UGCUCAUGCAUUCAUCACGUAAUGAGUCACGUGAUGUCGCGCUUCAGCGCGCGUUCGCCUUUAGAACGGCAACUAUAUCGCGUCAAACAGGGCGUCUAAGUCUGACUGUACGCCUAUCUCGACGUUUUGAUGUCGAUGUCUUGCGGUGGUUGAAUAUUAGUUCAGGAAUAGUUUCUGAUUCUCGGGAACAACUUGUAGGUUUACAAGACUGAUACACUGUCACUUGCCUUUCGCUCUUUGAUGCAACGUCAUUGCCAACGACCACCUCGCUCCGAUACAUUGGGUAUGGGACUGGAAGUGACUUCAAGCUAGCGUCUGUUGGUUUGAUUAUCUUUCCUUGAGGGUUUGGGGAUUGAAGGGAAGUUCGUCAAUAUGGGGUUGCGCAUCACGACGUGGAACGUCAACGGUAUCAGAAAUCCGUUUGGCUACCAACCAUGGAGCAAAAAGCGAACAUUCCAAGCAAUGUUCGAAAUCUUGGAGGCGGACAUUGUGAUCAUGCAAGAGACCAAGAUCCAGCGUAAGGAUCUACAUGACGAUAUGGUUCUCGUCCCCGGCUGGGACGUUUUUUUUAGCCUACCAAAACACAAGAAAGGAUACUCUGGUGUUGCAAUAUACACCCGCAACGCGAAAUGCUGCCCGAUUCGCGCCGAGGAGGGCAUUACUGGCAUUCUUCCGGCCCCCAAUUCCUCCACUAGCUUUCGCGACCUGCCCGAGGCUCAGCAGAUCGGCGGCUACCCGCGACCGGACCAACUGCCUGGUGAGGUGGACGAAGCAACGCUCGACUCCGAGGGCCGUUGCGUGGUGCUAGAAUUCCAGGCCUUUGUCUUGAUCGGUACCUACAGCCCGGCCACGCGUGACUCGUCCCGUAAUGAUUUCCGGCUCGGAUACCUCAACGCUCUCGAUGCGAGAGUGCGGAACCUCGUGGCGGCGGGGAAGCAGGUCAUCCUGACUGGAGAUUUGAACGUGAUUCGUGAAGAGAUGGACACGUGUAACGUCAGAGAGGCACUGCGUAAGGAGGGCAUGUCGGUUGAGGAGUGGAUGGGGAUGCCAAGUCGGCGAUUGUUCAACCAUCUCGUCUUUGAUGGACGAGUCACCGGUAAAAGGGAUGAAGGACGAGAGGCACCGGUGCUUUACGAUCUGACGCGUAUCUUCCAUCCCACAAGGCUGGGCAUGUUUACAUGCUGGGAAACAAAAAGGAACAUGCGACCAGCCAAUAACGGCAGCCGGAUUGACUACAUCCUUUGCUCCGCUGGCAUCAAGGACUGGUUCACGGGCUCCGACAUCCAGGAGGGCUUGAUGGGAUCAGAUCACUGCCCCGUGUACGCAAACUUGGCCGACACUGUCAAGGUCGACGGUAGGGAAACGUCUGUGCUGGGUCUCAUGAACCCCGUCGGCAUGUUUCGGGACGGCGAACGGCUCAGAGAGUGGUCGGCCAAAGACCUUCUCCCCUUGUCUGCCAAGCUCAUACCUGAGUUCGACCGGAGACGGAACAUCCGCGACAUGUUUAUGAAAACGACCUCCGGAAAGCCUUCGUCGAGCCCGGCCUCGAACGCCUUCGAGUCGCAUUCGCAGAGUCUCGUCUCCGAGGAUCUGGCCACGCAGGACCCGGAAUCCUCGCAACAAGAAACUUUGGAGUCAUCAGCGUCCCAAGUAUCUAUCCAGUCAAGCCUAUCAGAGCCUCCAGCCUCACAAACAAGAUUCCCCCUGAAGCGGGCAUCUGACACAGCAAUACCAGCAAGAGGUCCCCCGAAAAGGACAAAGGCCAACGAACCAGAUCCCUUAUCCAAGCAAAGCACCCUCACAGGCUUCUUCAAACCUAAGCAAUCGCCCUCGAAGCCGCCACCUGCCGAGACCGAUACGGUGAUGGGCAGGACAAAGAAUAGAGGCGCAGCAGCCCCACGCGGUGACCUGAGUCACCCAUCGCCCUUGGGAGUAUCAAAGGCCCCUCCUCAUCCCGCAGGCGUAGCAGCAACAGCAGACGCCCCGCCACUACCAGCACCUUCACCGUCGCCCUUGGCAACCUCUUCCACCGCCGCUAUGGUGUCUGGGCUCGACACUGCUGAAAGGGUCUUUGAUCCCAUCGAGGUCAAGGAGUCUUGGUCCAAGUUCAACCUGGGGAAGAGGGUCGUGCCAAGGUGCGAGCAUGGGGAGCCCUGCAUCAUCCUCCAGACCAAGAAACCAGGUGUCAAUUGUGGCAGGUCGUUCUACAUUUGCGCCCGGCCUCUCGGACAAUCGGGAGAAAAGGAAAAGGGAACGGAAUGGAGAUGCGGAACAUUCAUCUGGAGCAGUGACUGGAAGAGGGAUCAGUCAUAGGCGCGGCGUCUUGAUCCACUACGUUGUAAUCACGAUGGUCUUAUGCGGCGUUGAGUGACUGCAUGGCUUCCAUACUAGCUAAUCCAAAUAGCGGCCUUUGCGCCACACAAAGCCU